GGAAGUUGACCGACUUACGGCGGAAUCCAUAGCCAUGAAUCGAAACAACUGGGUUUAUUUAAAUGAGUGGCCGCAGUAAUAAAAUUAGUAGUACUACUACUAAAUAAAGACACACAGUAGUGAGUGAGGGAGGUAAAAGUAAAACAGAAACAAAAUCAAACCCGUAGUUGUUUUUUCUGUUAGUAAUUUCAAUUUGCAGUCGAAUCGACGCCGUCUAAAGCCUCGUCUUUAUGAAUUCCCAAUCUCUAAUUUUACCACCCUUGCCGAUACACAGACUCAGCCACAAAUUCGCCAGUCACGUCCAAUUCCUCUUUCUCCACUUCCACUUCAUAAUAGGACAACAAUUAUUAGGGCAAAAAAAAGUUAAAGAGUAGACACGAAAACGAGCAGAAGAGGCGGUUCCCGGAGUCUGAUUCUGACUAAUCGGAAUGGGGCGGAGGAAGGUGGAGAUUAAGAAAAUUGAAGACAAGAACAGCCGCCAGGUCACCUUCUCCAAGCGCCGCAACGGACUGAUGAAGAAAGCCAGAGAACUCUCCGUCCUCUGCGACGUUGACGUCGCCGUUCUCAUCUUCUCCAGCCGCGGCAAGCUUUACGACUUCUCCAGUUCUAACAGUUUAGCUAGAGUCAUUCAGCGGUAUCACAGCCACAUGCAAGUGGAAGGAGAGGAGUGUGCCGGAGUCCAUGCCGAGCAGAUAUGCGAUCCUGAAGGGAAAAGUCCCCUGACAAUCAAAAAGAUGCUGGAACAUAUAGAAAGGGUUCUUGAGGAGCCAGAUGUUGAUAAACUAGAUCUGAAUGACCUGGUGCAGUUGGAAGAACAAAUUGAGGACGCGCUUUCUCAGACAAGAUCUAAAAAGACACAGAUGUUCAAGCAAUCCAUAGCAGGUCUCAGUGAAAUGGUACGUCCAUUCUUUGUCUCUAAUUAAGCAGCUGACUCUUACAAUUCUGGAAACUUUUAGAGUUUCCCUCUCCCAAGAUGUCUAAUGGUUUCUGUUUGAUCUGCACUAAUGGAAGUUUCCAGCUGAAUGCACUAUCCAUGCUUUUUUAGCCAGUCCAUGGUUCAACAAGCCUAAAAUUUGUGCCUAAUGAACCUAAAUUUCUUCAUGAUACUCAAUUCAUGCCCUGAUGAAAAUUAUGUAUUGGAGGUUUUGUUUAGUGUAAACUAAUGCCUAACUAGCUUCAGGAAAAUGUUCAGUCUUCUCUAACGCUGUUUUUACUGCCUAUGUUGUCUAACCCAAAAGCCAGAAACGAUCUUCUUGCAAUUAAAUUAGACUUUAACUAAAGUUUUGCUGCUCUUAAGUUUCUUAACAGUGAAGUUUUGCUGUUCUAAAAUUCCUUCUCUUGUUUCUUCUGUAUUCCACUCGGGGAUGCCAGAGUCUGAACAUACGUUCUCCAUGUUGGUAAACAUAAACAUGACCACCAGGAAUCUAAAACAGUAUGAAUGAAAUUGCGCUAGGGAGUCUUGGAGGCUGCUGCCAUGGAUUUAUGGCUUUUUUUAAAAAAAUAAAAAAUAAAAACUUUGUUGGGAUUUUAGCGUCCCUGGGUCUAGCACCAAACCCUUUGUUUGUAGGUAACGAAUUCUCCCCUCUCUUAUAAUGUUAAUAUGAAAUGAUCAUUCGAGGAGUCAAGGAUUUGCUGGGCAAACAAAGAAAAAAAUAAAAAUAAAAAGCUCGCACAACUGAAUAAUACCAGUGGUUCCAACCUAGUUGGUUCAUAACUUUGCUUGGACAAUUUGUUCUUGUUACACAAGAACCCCUGCAAAACUGAGAUGUGGUUGGUUUAGCCCCUCCAGCAGAUCAUGUUGAGGCAAAAUGUCACCUGAACUUGAUCUGCAUGGAUUGAGGUAAGUUUGUGAUGCAGAAGAGGAUUAUUGAAGAUUCAUCAUAUCCAUGGUUUUGUUCUGCGAUCUAAUCAUCAUCUUUAAAAUUAACAAUUACAAUAAAUGGCAACAAUAGUGAUGCAGUCUUUUACCUUGCUGUCUGGAAGUGCUAUGGUAUCUACUAACCUUCCUUAUUUGAAUCUUUUCCGAAGAGUGCCCAAAUUUACUCAAAAUGACAUGUAAGUGACUGAAAUGGAAUGCCUGUCGGAAAUUGGUAUCUUUUGGUUACCUCCAUUUCCUUGCUGCAGGAAAAAACGCUUAGGGAAGAAAACAAACAUCUGCAAGACCAGGUAAAAAGCAUAGCUCUAAUGGAAUUGUUACUAUGAAAAUUUACUCAAUUGAAAUCAUCACAUGCAAACGGAACUGCAGUUAGCUGGAGCUGGAAAUCCAACAAACAGAACUAAGGACGGCAUCGCUCUGGAAUUUAGGGAUCUUGCGCAUGGUGAAAUGACUUCUGGGCGGCAGCGACAACAGGUGGCUCUUAAACUACUUUAAACAGUAGAAAGCUAUUAUACCAGUCCGAGCUUAGCUACCAUUGGAGGCUAAAUACAAAGAAAUAAUCAUUUAGGGAUUCUGUCCCAUGGCAAAAUUCAAACUUUGAUGUCUCACCAUUCAUGUGAUCUAACAGUAACCAAGUGAUUGGUUAUUGAUAGCCAUUAUGGUUUGAUUGAUUGUGCUUCUUGUGUGAUAACUGCUUGUGCUUCCUAGGAAACCAAGUUCUUCUCCCUUUCUUUCUAUAUUUCGUGGUUAUGGUGGCUUAUUUUAUAGAGCAUGUCGUAUACACUAUAUUUUUAAUACAUUGUUUAAUGCUCCCAAUGACACUUGGAUUGAUCUGGGAGGCAGGGCAAAAGCAGAACAGCAGAGCAGGAAUCUUUUUCAAACUUCCCAGGAUACGUCUUGGGUUUUGAAUUUGAGGUAGGUAAAUGUUCCAACUUUCAUAACCCAGAACAUGUGGCACUUGAACUGGGGCUAGUAUAGUUUGAAAUGGUCCCCAGAUGAUAUGCUCCCCAAUCACUAAGCUUGAAAAUCCGAGGUGGAAGGAUGAGAAAGUGACAAAAGGCUUCAUGUAUUCAAGGAGACCUACAAUUAGUAAACAAACAGUAGGAGUGUAUUUUAAGGGCCUUUAGAAUAAAAAAAAUUUGUGAGAUUUUUGAAGAGCCGAAUCAUCAUGGCUUGUGGAUGAAUCGAAUGUAGAUAGGUGAAUGGUAACAAGCAGUUACGUGAAAAACAUCUGAUGAAACGGUGUAUGAAGUAUAUUUGAUGCUUGUAGACGUAUAAAGGAAUUCUUUGAAACUUUGUCCUGCUCUUCAUACUGCAGUAUCCAAAACUAACCUGAAAAACCCUCCCAUAUCCUAGUACUUUAUGUAGUGGACCAGUUGUGACUUUAAUGGGGCUCCAAACCCACUCACGAGAUCUUCAUGGGCAAAUGCCUAGACCUUGAAAGAUGACAUUAAAAGGACUUACGUGUCAGGUUGAAUCCUCUGUUAAAGUACAGAAUUGUAUUCCAGAUACUGAUACAGUUGGCAAAAUGCCUUCAUACAAUUUCUAAAAUGUGGUGUACUAUCUUCUGGGUACCAAGUGUCUUAAAAUUUGGGUGGCAGUUUGAACCAAUCUAUUCUUGAAAAUAUUCGCAG